UUUUAUAAAAACACAAACAUGUUUUUAUACGAGGAUGAUAGCAAAAAUUUAUAACCUCUCGUCUCAUUCUCAUUACCAUGUUGAACAAAUGGUUUCUCUCCCAGAAUGUUGUUUUAGGUCUCAUCACAACAAAAACAACAACCUCAAAAUUCAACAACCCUCUUUUCAACCAACACUUCUCAUUCCCAUUUUCACUCACAAGAUUCUGCACCACAACAUCUCAAUCUGAAUCAGUCACACAUCCAUUCGCUGCAUCUUAUCUCAUCAACAAUUUUGGGUUCUCACAUGAAUCUGCUCUCAAAGCUUUCAACCUCAAGCAAGUUCGUUUCAAUACCGCAGAUAAACCUGAUUCAGUCAUCACCUUCUUUCAAAAUCAUGGCUUUUCACACGACAACAUACGCAUCAUGAUCAGAAGAGCACCAUGGUUACUUUCAUCACAACCCCACAAAAGGUUUUUGCCAAAGUUUCAAUUUUUUCUAUCCAAUGCUGCUUCUUCCUCUGAUAUUGUUCCAUUGUUAACUACAAACCCUAGAAUUUUACGAAGUAGCCUGGACUUGGAGAAACAAAUAAUCCCUCUUUUUGAAUUAUUAAGUAGGUUCUUGAAAACCAACAAGGAUAUCAUUCUUUGCUUAAUUCGAUAUUGGACUGCAUUUGCUACUAAUCCCUAUCACCUUAUUGUGUCUAAUAUCAAUUUGAUGUCUGAUUUUGGAGUUUCUGAUAAUGUUAUUGGUAGUUUGCUUCAGUCAAGGCCGUCUAUAUUUGGUUCAAAGGAUUUGAUUAAGUCAUUGGAGGAAGUUAAGGAUUUAGGGUUUCAUCCUUCAAUGACUAAUUUUGGGACUGCUUUGAUGGCCAAGAAAUGUAUGAGUAAAAAACUUUGGGAUGAGAAAAUUGAUACCUUUAAGAAAUGGGGUUGGUCUGAUGAGGCUAUUAUUCGAGCAUUUAGAUGUCGGCCUGAAUUGUUGUUGGCUUCAAUUGAUAAGAUUAAUUUGGUGAUGAGUUUCUGGGUCAACCAAUUGGGUUGGAAUUCCUUGGCACUUACUAAAAGGCCACAUAUUUUUAGUUACAGUUUGGAUAAAAGGAUCACUCCAAGGGCCUCAGUUUUGCAAUUUCUUUUAAUGAAAGGUUUGCAAAAAAAGAAUGCUAGCUUAGUUACACCUUUGAGUUAUUCUGAAAAUUUGUUUUUGCAGAAGUUUGUUUUCAGCUUUAAGGUGGACUCCGAUUAUCUAUUAAAGUUAUACGAGGAAACAAUGAAAAUUGCAUACCCAAUGGAAAACAAUGGCAUGCCAUUCACUAAUUAGGUACUAUGGUUGUAACAAUCAAUGUUACCUAUUGCUUUGCUACAUUGUUAUCAGUUUUCAACUACCACUUUUCCUCUAUAAUCAAGCAGCAGCUUUGCAGAAAUUAGUGUCAAGUUGUUGUAUGGCAGAGACGAGUAUCAAACGUCCGUGAUUAUAAUUUGAUGACCAUUCUUGAUUCUAAAAUCUAGCUAGGUAUUGAUUCUUUCAGCAACCAUUUUUUGCAUUGGAGCCAACUGAUAUGUUAAUUUAGAAAAUAGUUUUCACAGAAUGCUAAUAUGCCGCAUUUCCAUACACUGAAAUUUGUUGUAACUCGUAGAAAAGCGGUCACAGAUCCAACAUAAAUACUUCUUCAGUGAACCUUUAAAAUCACGGCACAAAGCCAUAUGAACGUGUGUUUUCUUAUACCACCGCCAAA